GGUCGCUCGUUCGGAGUCCCCCGCGGUCGCCCGGUUACCGGUGUAAACAUUCGCCCGCCGUCGCAGCCCGGCGACCUCCCGCGAUCGAUCGCCGGCCGACCUCUCCGUCGCUCCCGGAUACACAGAGCGGUCGCCACCUGGUCCUCGAUCGAUCGAUCGAUAUAUCGCGUCGCGAUCGGACAGUGCGGUGGCGCCCGGCGCCCUGGUCGAUGAGUCACGCGUGGCUUCCCGCGGAAUCGGCGCCGCGUCGCGAUCCACGCCGAUGCUCCCGGGCGGCGUUUCCCUUGGGCCGUGAGCCCGAUUGGCGGGACCCGCGAGCGCCGCGCGAGGCCGACCGCCAGUCGGCCCUGCGACGCGGCCCGGUGAGGUGCUCGCGGACCCACGUGCGCGCCGAUUCGUGAGAUUCGCGGCCCACGUGGCCCCCCCUGUGUGUCGUGUCUCGCGCGCCCAUUGGCCGACCCACGGCCGAGUCGAGCACGUGCGCGACCGUCUCGUGACUCCGCGACGCCGGCGCCGCGCCUAAACAUCCGCUCCUGGCGACGCCGCGGCGGUCGCUGCACCAGCCUCCCCCCCGCAACGGAUGAUGCGGGAACGACUCGCGAGCCUCGCGGAGGUCUUUCGGUGCUGCUGAAAAAUGCUGUCGAGGUCCAGGUGACGACCGAAUGGAGGUCCUGGAGAACGGAGGGGUGCAAAGGACCCCGCUGAAGGGUCCUUCGAAACGAACGAACGAGCUGAGGAUCGUGGAGUGCAACGACGACGGAGUCGACGCGGUGGACGACGCCUCGGCGACCGAUAAACAGGACAUGGACCCGUACAGGGAACUGGAGCUGUACCUCGCCAAAGUGAACGAGGAGAUCGGCGAGAUCAUCCAAUCGGUGCCGGUGGAGCCGACGAGGAUCUGCGCUCCGGGCAAGCCGGUAGAUCGGAUCGACGCCAGGAUCGACGCCAGGAUCGACGCCAGGGACCGAUCCUACCACGCGAGGUCGCUGCCGAGCAAGUCGAGUCCUCGCCGGAAGGGCCAGAACUUGUCCAGGACCCUAGACAGCUUGGUGGUGGACAAGGACCUGGGCGAGUGGUCGGACGGCAUCCUGAAGGAGUUCAACGCGAUCAUCGCGCGCGAGAUCACCGAGCUGAGCAGGAAUCCACAGGUGCGAGCACCAAGAGGCAAGACCUACCUCAACGGGGUCGAUCCUAAUCAGGAUCGCAUCAUAGGCUACCGCGAGUUGCUCAGCGAGUUCGGCAUAGCCGAUAGCGAGGAGAGCGCCGAAGACGACCCCAGGUUAGAGGGUCUCGAUGGCGGGGAACUACACCUCGGAGUGUCCCUAGAUAGAGCGCAGAGGGAGCAGUCUUGCCGAAAUCGCGGGGGUCCCUGCAGCAGCUUCGAGGACCACAGGAAGAAGAGGCACCGCCGCGAAGGUCGCGCCUGCGAUGCGCAGGUGGACCGGUCAGGAACCGGUGGUCAGGUGGUGGACGGUCCUAGUCCACCUUCCGACCUGGAGCGCGCCAGGAGGAGGCACGCUGCUCAUCCGAAGCGCGUCCGUCAAGAGCCAAAGAGUGUUCCAGGAGGGGACAAGGGUGCGCAGGUUGAAGCUGGCGACAAAUUGGCUUGUCAGGAGCAAAGCGCUGCCAGACUGCCGCCCCUGCGCCUGGACUUACACAGGAAGACCAGCUUACCCGUCGACCUGGCGGCUACCAGGAGGCGCAGGGCCUGCCAGGGAGCUCAGUGGCCUCCACCCUCCCAGAGAGACCAAGGCUUUCGACGGGGGAACUCCGAGCUGGAUGAAGUCAACGAUCCGGAGAUGAUCAUCAGGUCGAAGUCUCUGGAGUGUUACGUGGCCAGGUCGGCACCUGUGACGCCCACGGAGGAGAACAGGACGCCCUUCUCCAGGAUCCUGGCUAGGAAGAGGAGGAACCCAGUCUUCAUUGAGAACACUGGCCAUGCCGUCCUGGUCAGGGUGUCAUCUCUACCCGAUCAGGACCUCCUUCACCUGUCGAACGAGAGACUUGCCGAGAAGAAGAGGCCCCAGGUCAAGGGGAGUCUCGACAAGAGGGCGGUUUCUCCCCUGACCGUCAGGUGCGACGCCACCGCGAAGAGGCUCUCGGAGUCGGACAGGGACGUCCGGCAUAUCAGUCCGGUUAACUUGAAGAAGUAUGCGUUGCUCGCCAAAAGCAGGGGCAACGACGUCGGGGUCAACUGCCACCUCAAGGAUGCGGCAAGGAACGAGUCCGAUGACAGUGGCGGCAGUGGUAGAUCCAACAAACUGGAGAACGCCGAAGGCUCUGCCAAGAUCUCCGAUGAUGCCAGCUCUAGAUCCGGAUCGUUGCCGAUCUCGCUGCAGUCGCUAUUAUCCCGAUUAAGGAGUGGUUCUGGAUCUUGCUGCCCAAACAGUCCACCGAUGGAGUCGCUUGCCUGCGCGGACAUUGCAACUCAGACCUCACCUGCGAUUUCUCGAAGCUCUAGUUUCACCUGGGUCAGCGACUGCGAUUCGCCACGAGCGGAUCUAAACCUGGACUCGCAAUCUCUCCAGGAUGAGAGUACUUUGGAUCCAGGCUCCCCGCAGGAUACGGUGGACGACGAUAACAGAUCGUCCUCGUCCUCGCAGGACCUUUUACAGAGCAUGGACGAAAUCUCGUCGGGCAGCUUGUCGCCCGAUACGACCGAUAGGACGUCGCCUCUGGAAAGCGGAAUCGGCACGGCUAGUCCUCCAAGAAGUACCGAUCGGCGUUCAGCAAAACCGACAACGUCCAACAAGUGCAACCGCAAGGAAACUUGGGAAAGGAUCCGGCGACGUCCUUCGAAACUAUGCUCGCGGUCGGAGAAAAAUUCCCAAGACGUUUGGGUCAGACGUGAAAGUGUCCAUACGCAGACCAAUGAUAACGAUGAGCAAUAUUUCCGGGAUGCCGUUGAUAGCAGCAGCGAGUUGGAUGACUCCUUGCCAAGGACCAAAGCCUGCAGGCCAACGAAUCUCCCUCUAGGACUGUCCACGGCAGUCAGUAGUUCCCUGAGUUCUGGCGAGCUGCUCGAAACUCCACCACGAGCACCCUCGUCUCCAUCGGCUGCAAGUCUCCAGCUGAAGACGGAACACUUGUCGACGGAGUUGGCAGGCAAAAGUAGCAGCGCCCCCCUUCUGGAGAACAACGACACCCAGAAGAGCAGCAUAGAGCAGCCGAUAUCGCAGCAGCCGAGGUCGCAGUCCGAACGACAGCUGUCAGAAAUCGAAGCCCAGGAAGCGUGCGAAUGGCUGAGGGCUGCCGGUUUUCCGCAGUACGCGCAGAUGUACGAAGACUACCAGUUCACGAUAGACGUGUCCUGCGUCGCGCAGGACCAUCCUUCCUUGGAGGACGCAGCCCUGGACAGUCUCUAUCGGAGGUUGAAGACGCUCAACCGCUGCGCCAACAUGAAGCUGGACACGCAUCACGGCACCAGCCAUGGCAAGAGCGCCGGCGACACAAGGGGUGCCGGGGACGACUCCGACGAGGACAACCAGUGCGCCCUGAGCGAGAACUGGAUCUUCGAGAAGACCACCAAAAGGUGGUCCAGGGUCUGCGACAUCACGCCGGCGAACUUGGAGAGGCUGCAGGAGAUAGCCGCGCAGAACGCGCCGCCAAAGAACGGCUCAGAGGACCGUCUAGAGGCUGAGGAAGCGGAAGACACCAUGCUGGACACUUUGAGGUGCGACAGCCUCCCACCUGGACCAGUUCCCGAGGAACGGUGCCCUCCCUUCCGGAGGACCAGCUCCGAGCGACUGCGAGAUGGAGCCAAAGCCAUCCUGAGGCGCGUCGAGUCCCUGAAGUCCCAACGACGAAAACGCCACAACCGCGACGGGGUCGUCAUCAGCGAACCCCAGGUGCUGGACGUCACCUCGAUGCAGCAGAAGGUGAAGGAGCUGAACUGCGUGGACGUCUUGCCUACAGGCACCGCCCUGACGAACCUCCACGAGCUGGCGUCGUCACCUCGGACGUUGCCUCCAUCGCCGUCUCAGCUUUCCCCCUCGAUAUUGACGAAUGCACCCAGUCCGUUUGGAGACGACUCCUCGAGCUACUGUUCGGAUGGUUCCCAAGGUGGAGGCCCACUGGUCAGUGCACCUUCUUCGAGGAUCAAGAUGAGCCGGGCUCGCAGGCUCCUGCACCUGGAGAGGGAUGACCAGGGUGCCUUCAGCGACUCCGAGUACCAACAGAGCAGAUGGCGACACAGGUGCUUCAAGGACGCUAACAGCAACCACACCAAGGUGCUGGAGUACGUGGAGACCCGCUCGCGGAGUCCCAAGAACUCACCCAAGCCCAUCCCCAUCGGCACCCGCGGGAACAGCCUCAACUUGGGCAAGGAGUCUCAGCGGUACAGGGACAACUUCAAUCAAGGUCAAGAGCGCCACGUGGAGGAGAAGGUGGCGGUCCUGAAGAGGGAAGAGAAGUUUCACGAGAGCCUUCGCCGGGGGAAGGAGGAUGUUCGGAUCGAUGGGAAACCCAUGGUGAAGGAGGUGACCACUUUUAGAGGGAAGUCCAGGUCCAGGAGCUCGGACCUGGCCGGGAGUCAGAAGAGCAGCUCCACCGUGACCAGUCGCGAUUCCGACCAGGACGAGGAGUCACCUAGACACAAGGGAACCGUCGUCAGGUGGCACAGCUUCCAGAGGGGCUCCCUGUUCCCGGAACCGAUGGGAUCCAUCUGCUCCAGGGCCAUGGCCUCCAUGUCCUGCGGUCAGCUUCUGGUCCUCAGGAAACUGGCCCUCCUCAAGCUCACCGCUUGCAUGGAGUCCUACUGUCCAGCUCAUCGCACGGGGUGGAACUGGUACCUGCCUAAGUUCAUCAGGAAGAUAAAGACCCCCGAUUACAAGGGCAAGACGGUAUUCGGGGUACCACUUCUGCUAUCGCUGCAGAGGACUGGAGAGGCUCUGCCCAAGUGCAUUCAGAUCGCCCUGGAGUGGCUGAGGGAGAACGCGCUGGACCAGGUGGGCAUCUUCAGGACCAGCGCCGCCAAGACGAAGAUACAAGCCCUGAAGGACGCGACCGAGGCGCAGGGGGAUAAUAUCAACUUCGAUGGGCACCAAGCAUUUGUCGUUGCUGAUCUUGUCAAGCAGUACUUCAGGGAGCUGCCCGAGGCAUUGUUGACGAACAAGCUCUCCGAGACGUUCAUUGCCAUUUUUCAACACGUUCCUGCUGAACUCCGUUCGGAUGCUGUCCAGUGCGUUCUCCUGUUGCUGCCGGAUGAACAUCGCGAAGCUCUGGAGACCCUCCUGGAUUUCUUGAACCAAGUAGCCAAGAACUCGCCCAAGAACCAAAUGACUGCCCUGAACCUGGCGGUGUGUCUUGCUCCUAGCCUCUUUCACUUCAACCACAGCAAUCCCGACAUCAGCAACAGGUCUAAUAGCGUGUCGCCACGGAGGAGGAAGACAGUUGGCAUUCCCGAUCAGAAGAAAGUGUCCGAGAACAACAAAGCUGCGCUGGACUGUCUGCUAUAUCUGAUUAAGACGCAUCGUGAACUAUUCAUGGUAGGUGCAGUUUCUUCCGAUAUGCUGACGCAGUGCCAUUUUAGCUACAUGGAAGAGAGCGUUCCCGUAGUUCUUGACGAACUGGGAUCAGAGUUGAAGCAAGACUGGAGGGGAUACCUGCGGGAAUGUACGACAGCCUUGUUGAAGGAGGCGCGGGAGAGAAGUCGAGGUUGGGUCACUAUCAAUAAUCCGGCAGACGGCACCGUAGAAAUCGCUUACAAAAAGGUCGGGGACGGACAUCCGCUUCGCCUCUGGAGGGUCUCCACGGAAGUCGAAGCUCCUCCUCAUGAGCUUCUUCGGCGCGUCCUCAGGGAAAGGAAUAUUUGGGAUCCGCAGCUCCUGCGGUUCCAGAUCGUGAAGAAACUGGACACAAAUUCCGAGGUCUUCCAGUAUGCGACGAAGAACAUGAGUCCUCUUCCGGUCAGAGAUUACUGCGUCGUGAGGUCCUGGAGGACCGACCUGCCGAAGGAUACUUGCGUAAUAGUGGAGACUUCCAUAGAAGACCCCAACGCUCCCCUGAUAAGAGGAGGAACCAGAGGCAUCGUCUUGGCCUCUCGUUAUCUCAUUGAACCCUGCGGAAGUGGCAGAUCACGUAUCAUGCACUUGUCCAGGGUGGACACAAAGGGCCGCACUCCGGACUGGUACAACAAGAGUUACGGGCACAUCGCAGCUCUUCAUCUCAGCAAAAUCCGCAGCUCCUUCAAGCACACGGCCGAUGGCCGAGAGAGCAAAGUUUGAGACGGGGCUACCGUGCAGCACGCAAUGUUGCACGGGGCUCGCUCCUUUCCGAAGGAUCCGAAGGGUUAGCGAGGAGGUCCUGGCGUCUUCAAGGAACCCUGCGGGGAAGCUUUCGGGCUCCCACCAAAUUCAAAUUGCGAGAGUCACUCCGAAUAGACUUGGGCUUUACUCCUUGAAGGGGUCAACUAUGAGACCUACGCAGUGCGUUAUUCGAUCCCCGGCAGGUGGAGGCAACGUGAUCCCGAAGAGGACCGAUCGAAUGGAUACUUCUUUCUCUCGGAUCCAUCGCCAGCUGUGUCGUUGCCGUGUCUAGUUGGAUGUUGAACGAAAUUCCAGCAGUUGCGAGGCUAGUCCUUGCUGGAGACGCAUAUACUACGUGUUAACCGUAACGAAUCGUUCCCAAAUAAUGUUCCACCGUGGUGUGUAGAUGAUCGUCGAUAAUCAACCCACAGUAGAGCGCAUUCAAUUAGCAUCGUUGUAGGACGUGAACGUCGAAGCGUCAGGAAUACGUGUUUUAAGUUACAGUUGUAGAAUGCGACCGCCGAGAUUAUGAGACACUUAGGUAGAUCGUAAAUGUUCGAGGCACUUGGAAAUCCUAGAUCCACACUUUUUUUCGUGGAUGCGUUUCUCGGAUUUUCCGGGCAAGUUCUUCCGAUCAUUCGUACGCGGCGAUUGCGCCUGCGGUGCGCGUUUGCGGACUUGUUUUAUACUUCUUUCGGACCAAAUGGCACCCCCGAUUUUUUUUUUUUUUUUUUUUUAAUUGUACGAUAGUAUACGAGGCGUCGAUGAAAGCAAUUAUUUUCCUCGAAGGUUCCGCACCUUAGAGCCACAUUGUGUAGAAGCGCCUACGUAGAUUACGCGAACGUAAGUACCUAUUUCUAGAUGUACCUUAACACGAAUCAAGACAAUAUGUACGCGGUACGUGUGGACACUCGAAAUCGUCGUUUAAGGGUAGUCUGUAAUUCGUAAUUAACAUGACUAAUCAACAAGCGGAAAGUAUUUGCGCCGACAGGAGCAUUCAUUCAUCGAACCGAACGAACUGAAUUCGCAUUCCGGAGGGUAGAUUCGCAAUUUGUCGCAGUAACGUCUGUUUAGAUGGUUGGAAGGUGUCCAAAAUUCUUAGAUCUUAGCCAAACUCGAUGGGUACAAUUGAAUGUCUCUGACUCUCUUCGUGUCUUCUAAACGUUAGGUGUCACUUUGUGCGGAGUACUUCUUUAAAUUCAGGGGACCAUCUCGGGCCCAAGGUAAAACGAGCUGCGCAUAAUACUUUUUAUGGAGAUAAUAUUGUAAACGUAUUUUAACGUAAUACUAGUCACUUACAUUAGUGAAGCCGCAUAUAUAUGAAAUUAAUAUAAAUGUAUAGACCUCUAUUCCAUAGCGUGUACGACGGAAUAUUUAUCGCUGGGCGCCGCAGGCCAGUUAUACAAAUAUAUAUAUAUAUACAUACUAUUUUUGUGUCUAGAAGGCGAUAGAAACGAAACAAAAAAAAACGUGUCUUCAUGUUUGAAAUACGAUCACCUCUAUUCUUGUAAUCAGUUUUUCCUCGAGCUGUAAAUAUGUAUAUUAUUGUACGACGAUGAAUAUAUAUAUUCAUUAAAUGAUGAUUUUCAUUAUUAA